AUGUAUGCAAAUAGACUAGUUUGGACCUUAUUUGUCGUUUCGUUUCUAAAACCAAUUCGGUGUUCGUUUUGGAAUGAAAUACCUCCGAGAUGCACUUACGAUCGACAAGAAGUGUUUUCAUGCUGGAAUACAACAUUCACGCAUCCGAUUCCUUUAUUCAAUGAUUUAGCUUAUACAUUGCAGAAUCAUCAUGUCGAAAUACGUAAUUCUUAUUUGCAGUUGUCAUUACGUGAUUUAUUUGUACAAGUUGGGACAAAUAUUAAUAAUUUAACAUUGAUUAACAAUACGUUCUCGUCGAAUGCGUUGCAAAUAAACGCGAUUUUCGAAGGUGGAAUCUUUUUUCGUGUACUCGAAAGUCUGCAAAUUCAUGAUCAAUUAGGUUUGCAAUGGUCACAAUUGAAUGGCUCUUACUUUCCGCAAUUGUACAAACUUGAUCUGUCGUAUAAUCGAAUAACUGAUGAACAGAAACUUGUUUUUGAUCAUCAAUUCUAUCCUCGACUUCGAUAUUUGAAUUUAUCGCACAAUCGAUUGAAAUCAAUUAAAAAUCUCCUUGGGAAUAGUUUAAACGAUACUGAAACACUCAUUCUUUCUCAUAAUCCCUUAGAAUUGAUCUCGUCCACUCAGUUAGAACGCUUUCAAUCUCUUCGACAUCUUGAUUUAUCGUUCACAGCAAUGAAGCAGCUAUUCAGUCUAACAUUAUUACCCGAUUUGCAAACAUUUAUUUGCCAAGAUUGUCGACAUCUUCCAACUUGGGAGUAUGAAACAUUCUUUCAAAAUUGCUCGCAAACAAAUCACCAAUUAACCAUCGAUUUAACCAAUUCGAAUAUUCAUUCUAUGAAACUCUUUAAUCCGUAUGUCAAAUGUUUGAAAAAUCUGAUACUGAACAAUCAAAAUCUAGUUGAUUCAAUCACCACUCAUGAUCUGUUAUUCAGUACCGAUCUUGCGAGUAUUCAAGCCAAAGGCAAUUAUGAUAUCGAUUAUGUUCAUUUGAAUGUUUACGAUCACUUAGUUUCGAUUGAUUUCAGUGAAAAUAUCUAUCUGAACCAAGUUAUUCUUCGCCUUUCGUCGAACUAUACACAUUUACAACGUUUAAUCCUUUCUCACACAGCCUUAAAUGACUUUUCUGUGGAUUUUUAUAAUACAACAUUGAAAUAUCUACAUAUCGACUAUGUCGACAUGAGUUACAGUCGUUUGGAAACAUUGGAUUUCUUGAAAUAUCUCACAUUUCAUACAUUGGACGUGAGUUAUAAUCUUCUAAAAAUCGUUGAUAUCGAUUCGAUACAUUAUCGUCGCGGAAUGUAUGAUCUCGCCUUAAUGAACAUGAUCAACAUGUCCUCGAACGGUAUGGAAUACGUGAAAAUCAAUUGGGAAAAUGAAUCGCCACAUACGAUUGAUCUGUCCAACAAUAAUCUCGAAACUGUGGAGUUGCACGGCCAAACAAGUUAUACGGUUCUACUCGCGAAUAAUUCAAAACUGUCCUUGAGUAAAUCGACAUUUAAUGUCGAUUUACCUGUAGUACAAUAUCUCGAUUUAACGUCUAUUCAUCUCGAUUCAUUCGAAUAUCUCAUCUAUCUGCACAAUCUCUCGAAUAUUCAUACUUUGCUCUUGGACAACAAUCGUUUGUUGGAACAACAUCGAACUCUGAAUUGGCAUGUUUUCUAUCCAUGGCAUCAGUACUUAACUCAUCUUUCCUUGCGAAACAUGUCACUCGAACAAAUCGAUUCCGGUGCGCGUCUCAAUGAUUUCUAUCAUUUGUUAACUAUCGACUUCUAUCUCAAUCCACUCAAAUGUGAUUGUGAAUUUCAUCCAUUUGUUCAAUGGUUGCAAGUACCACCGCCGCCUCUAUUAGAUUUCUAUGAGCCAUUACAAAAACUGCUUCGUAUUAAUUGCCCAGUUUCAUUAUUCGAUAUGCAAUGUGAUGACCAGAAUAGCUCCCAAGGAAGAAAACUUUCUUCGAUCGUACAUUCGUCGAUUUUUAAAAUCUUUUUUCUCUUAACUCUCUUUACUUUGAUCGUAUACACAACAUUCAAACUCAUUGAUCGACGCAUGAAACGAGUACGUUCAAGAUUCUAUCAACGUGUCUAUACAGAUGGAGAUAUUAUAACGUUGAACGAACGACACAUUAUUCACAAGACUGACGACGACUAA